CCAGAUGCUUUAUGCAUAUGGCGGAAAGAACUGACGUGGAUGCACCUGCAGGCGGUAAAGGUGGCACCCUAAAAUUCAUUCGAGCACUUACGAACUUGACCAAAGAGGCUGGCAGUGUCGUGCACAUGAGAUGCGAAAUUGUCGGCGAUCCACCGCCAACGAAAAUUCGCUGGUUCAAGAACGAGGCGCCAGUCAACGAGGAGCCCGACAGGAUCAUAAUCAAGAAGAUCAAUCCCCAG